UGCCCGCCGCCUACCGAGAAAGUCGUGUUUGCGGAGCAACGCUGCGCCUUGGGGAAAGAUACCAGCGCACCAGAGAUUUAUAUUAACCCUUGGCGCCCGCGUUGUGCUAAUUACCGUUAUUUGCUUACCCUUUUUUUUUGGCUGUUUCAAAAUACACUGUGAGUGCCUAGCUGUAUUGAAAAUUAAAAAGUGAUAGGAGUCUCGAGAGAGGAGAACCUCUCGAGUCUCGAGAGCGAGAAAACGUGCGACAAGGAGGAGGUAGCGAUCGGCGUAAAGAGAAGAGGAUAGGAGUAAGGAGAGGAUUUGAUUUACCUGCCCUUCGAAAUUGCAGCCAACAGUUGACAGCGGCAGAAUGCAACUCUAAGGAAAAUAUCUGACUGGAAAGAGACAGGAAUAAAACAGAAGAGACGGAAGGAUCACCGAGUGACAACGAAUACAAAAGACUUUGACCUAAAGUGAUGGCUGGUACCAGACUGAUUUUGGUUCUCCUUCUGGCCAGCAGUGUCAGCCAUAUCCACGCCAACGAUGGCGGUGCUUCCUCGGCAUCCGCACCUGCCACCUUGGGCAUUUUCUUCGAGCGAGCGCCCGAAUCCGCGGUGGCUCCCAAGGGGGACGAGGUGGUCUUCGAGUGCGAACUGAAUCUCAAGCCGGAUCGCCUGGAGUGGCGUUUCCGGCGCAGUGGCUCCCCCGAGCCGUACAGAUACCUGAGGUCCUCGGCCGGUUACAAUGUGACCAGUGGCAGUGAUGACCGUGCCUGGCGCCUGCGGAUCUAUGUGAGUGCCCAAACGGCGGGCGACUACCAAUGCGUGGCUUGGUACGGACCCGGGGCACUGGCCUCCACGCCCGCCCGCUUGGCCUUGGUCUCGAUAGAAUUGGACGGAGGAGGAACCACGGGAGCCAUGGCACCCAGGGGUUCCAUUCGCUGGAGCGUGGCGCCCAAGAACUGCCUGCUCAUCCGCUGUGGCAGCGUCAUCUCCAAUCCGCCGGCCAUUUGGAGCUUCUACAGGAACGGCAAGAAGCUGCCCCAAUCGGAACUGCUUCCCGGGGCAGCUGGCGCUCUGGUUUUGGACACGGUGACCGCCAAAGAUGCGGGCAACUAUUCGUGUGUGGCCACCAAUUCCAUAACGGGCGAUGAGCUGAGGCUACCCCAGACCAUCGAGCUGAGGGUGGACUACACCGAUAGAACGCCGCCGUACUUCCUGCAGCGACCGCCCACGGAGUACUCCGCUCGUCCGGGGGAGACCGUGGUGCUCGAGUGUCCUGGCGUGGGCUCCCCGAGGCCCGGGGUCAUCUGGAGCAGUCCCAAUGUGGCGGGUAUCUACAACAACAGGAGCAAAAUCCUGCCCUACGGCUUGCAGAUCACCGAUCUAAGGCCCGAGGACCAGGGAUCCUACAUCUGCAUGCUGGACAAUGGGAUCGCACCACCCAUCGAUCACACCGUCAAGUUGAGUGUCCUGCAACGGCCAACGAUCCUCAAGGGUCCUGCGGCCACGCUGACGAACGAGAGCAACUCCCUGCUGCUGGUCUGCUCCGCCACGGGGAAUCCCCUGCCGGACAUUUACUGGCUGAUAAACGGGGAGGAUGCCACCAAGGAUCCGGAGGCCCAGGUGGACAACCGGAGUCUGCGGCUGUGGCACGUUCAAAAGCGGCAUGCCGGCGUGGUCCAGUGCUUCGCGAAGAACAUUUUGGGCGAGACCAGCGAGGGCAACAUGCUGCGCGUGAAUCCGCUGCAGAUCACUGGCGAGGACGAGGAACCCCUCGGCGGAGUUCCCAUGCGGCCAGUGCAUGAGCCGAACGGUGGAAUGGGCUCCUCGUCGACUCCAUCCGGUGGCUCCAAAAACAAGGGCGGCCGCAGGAAGUACAAAGCCAGCAUGGUGCCCCCAUCGCGACCCAAUGUCACCCGAUUGUCGGACGAAUCCGUAAUGCUCCGGUGGAGUGUGCCCCAAAACUCUGGACUGCAGAUCACAUUCUUCAAGGUGCAAUAUCGUCGUUUGGGCGACGGGAAAAAUCGGCGGGAAAACUGGCAGACGACCAGCGAUAAUAUUCCGUACGGCAAUAGCUACGGAUUCGGAUCCGGAUCCGGAUCCGCCGGAUCGGGAAAUAACCACUGGCGGCAGCGGAACAGGGAUCGGGAGUACGAGAUGGGCAAUCCGCCCAAGAACUUCACUUCGUCCGUUACGGGACUGACUGCCGGGAAAUACUACCGCUUCCGGAUCGUGGCGGUUUACUCGAACAAUGACAACAAGGAGGGCAACACUUCCCUCAAGUUCUUUCUGCAAAAUGGAACGGCCAAGUCAAAUUUGCCCGUCCCCGAACUUCGCGAAGUGGAGGCCAUCUCCGAAUCCGCCGUCAUACUGCACUGGUCCUUGGUUGCCUCGGGUCACCACGACGAGGCCAUAGAUGGCUAUUACGCCUACUACAGGCCAGUGGAUUCGGCGGCGGAAUACCUUAAGGCCACGGUGGAUGGUGAGCGGAGUAGGAGCUUCAAAAUAGACCUCCUUCGUCCGGGCACACACUACGAAUUCAAAUUGCAAUCCUUUAACUCCGAUGCAGCCUCUGAAUUCAGUGCCAUUCGACAGGCAAGGACGAAAAAAACCACUGAUCAGGCCGCUUCAUCUUCAUCGACUCCAGAGCCCGCCAAUAACACAGCGGAUCAGCGGCAGAACUCCAUAUAUCCGGUGAUCGCUGGAGCUGCCGGUGGAGGUCUACUGCUCCUCAUCGCCUCCUUGGUGGCUUGCAUGUGUCUGAAAAGGCGGGAAAACACCCAACCAGAGGACGAGAACAAACCGCAAUUGGAGCACAUCCAAGCGGACUUUGUGACCUCCGCCGUUUUGGGAGUGGGUGGACACCACAAAAGUGGCGAUGUGAGGCGUCUCAACGGAGUGAUUCCCCGGAUGAAUAUCACGCCCAAUCCGCUGGCCCAGGAAACGGCAUCCGAUAAGAAUCGCAACGUGAUGGAGCUGCGUUUCCUGCCGCCGCUGGCGAACGGAAACGGAAACGGAAAUGGAAAUGGAAAUGUCAAUGGCAAUGGCAACUGCAUUGCCAGGGAUCUGGCCACGGAGCAGCAACCGGAAGCGGUGGAGCAGCAGGCCGAUGCGGAGGACGAGGGAGAGGAUGACCAGGACCAGUGCCUGCCGGCGGUCGCCUCGUCCUCCUGCGAAACUCUAGAGGCCUGCGACGAGGCCGUCAAGCUGAACCUCCACCCGAAACUCGACCACGAGCCGCAGGAUCCGCACAAUCCUGUCCUGGAGGCGCCCAGCAAACCGCUGCCACCGCUGCCCAAGAAACCAGCAUCCACGGCUGGCCAAAAUAACUCCGGCCUGCAUCAGAAUGGCCUGCAUCAUGCGCAGCCGUAUCAUCCUCCUGGCACGCCCACGUUGAUGCACAAACGCCUGGACUACCACCAACAGCAACACCAACAGCAACACCAACAUCAGCAACAGCAGCCACCGCCAGUGCCGCCACAUUCCGCCUACUACCAGCAGGCACCCACCCACAACCACCACCAGGCGUCGCCCAUGAUGAGUCCGCGGGGUCACCACCUGGAGGAUGGGGCGGGAACGCCCACGCCCACCAGGAUUCCAUCGCUGAGACGCCAGCGACGCACUUCGGGCGGCCAGGUGCACAAUAGCCACAGCAAUCUCAAUCUGAACUUGAAUUUGAGCCACCACCACAACAACAACAACAACAACAAUAACAACCUGCCGCCGCACCACCAGCAUCUGCACCACCAUCCAGGGCAUCCCAAUCAUCCUGUUCAUCCUGUGCAUCCUGUGCAUCCAGGUCAUCCUGGUCAUCCUGGUCAUCCCAAUGGACUGGUGGGCAUACCCAUUGUGCCAGGAAGUCCGCGAGUCCAGCGAUCGCCGAUGCCCAGCAGGGCGAUGAUCAAGAGGACGCGACUGGGCAGCCACACGAACAACAUUUCCUCCGGCAGUCUGAACAGUAUUGAGGUGUGAUGGCUGGAGGAGCAGGAUCACAAGGAUCACGAGGAUCAGAAGGAGCACUAGUUCCCCGAAAACUGAAAACUAGGCUUAGGGAGCCCAGAAUUGAAGUGUAUUAUUAUCGGUUAUUCAUAGAACAGGUCGGCAGAGCAGUUAAAAACACUCGGAUAAAAGAUUUUACUAAGUUUUCCAUAAAUCAAAACCCUUUAACUUCAAUCGUAAAAGUAAAGCCUCAAAUUAGAUAAGUGAUUUGUUCUAAAAAUUGAUUAUUUUUCAUAUAUUGAAUUAGUUUUGCGCUAGAACCAAAAAUUGUAUUGAAUUUGUAGAGAAAUUUAAGCUAAUGAAGUUUCCAGUUAGGGUAUUUCAAAUUUCACUUAAUUUAUAGGAACAUUUUCAAUUAACGGAAAGACUAAUGAUUGGAACAAAAUUAUUUAAAGCUUAGUCGUACAACGCUAAUGCUGAUGUUUUGGCUUAAAAAUAGUAUUUAACAAGAGGAACCUACUAUUGAAUUUUUUGGUAUAAGAGGCGGAAACAGGGCUGAUAAAUAUUAAUGUUAUACUCUUUUCUUGUUGCUGCCGGCCAGAUAGUCAGUAGAAUUAUUAUUUGUAUUAUUUUUUUUACACUUUGAUUUAAUUCAAUAGCAUAUUAUUGUGUGUGCAUCCCCCUGGGGGCCAAAUUGCAUUUCGACUAAGCCCUGUAGCAUAGUGUUAUUUAUUUAUUACAGUGUAAGCGUCAACGACUCGAAUUGAUUAGUUCAAUUAGGAUAGGCACUCUAACUAGCAAGCUAAUUAACUUGUAAGGCAAACCAACUAUCUAGCAUUAAGGUAGUGUGACUAAUUUCACCCGACAUUGUAUCGUAUGCGCACAGUCCACACAAAACCCAAAAAGCAUCCUAAUCUACUUUAAGUUCAUAUACAGCUGAGUUUUAAACGUACAUAUGCGAAUUUUGGAUUAAAAAAGAUAUAUUUAAAAAUGUUUA